UGACCGAUUUAUUCGCCCAUUUCGUAAGUUCCUCAUUCAAACCAUAAUUUAGAAAAACGCCUUGCUUAAAGGAGAGGAUAAUUUUUAGUAAUUGUAUUAAAUCGGACAUCAAUACCCAGUCUGUUUUAUUUAUUCGCGUUUAUAUCGAGUGCUGUAUUUUGUGUAACAAAUUUAAUUGGAAUGUUGAAGUGCUGUCGUGUGGUCGAAACGAAAAGGAAAGGAAUCAAGUUUCAUAAAUAAAGAUGUUUGCAUAAUUGCUAUGGUAUUUACAACUUCAAUAAGUAUUGCUUUUAGAGAUUGCUUUAAACAUAUCCACCAAAAUGGCAGUGUUUAAAUGUUGUCACCUUUCACCUAAUAACAAGUGAUUAUUAUUUGGAAUCAGCCGUUUACUUACUGUGGUAAAUCUGCCUCAACGAAGCACGAAUGCUGGCUUUGAAGACCUUAAUGUGCCAUGGUGAUAGCAAAGAGUAAAAAAGUUAAACCACAAAUGUACACAAUUAAAAAGAAUAUGGAUUACAACUGGACAAAUGUGCCUGAACAGUCGAAAAAGCAAGAUGCUGGAGUUCCGAGGGCAAUCCUAACGCCUCAUGCAAAUUCUUUACCCUUUGAAGAACGACAUGUGACAGUGGAUGAAACAGUCAGAAUUGGUCGUAAUGUCUACCGUGCAGCGGCGAGUCCUACUAACGCCAUAUUCGAAUGUCGGGUUCUGUCGAGGCAGCAUGCCACACUGUACUACGAAAAGGGACACUUUUACCUUGUGGACAACAAGAGCAGUAAUGGCACUUUCAUCAAUAACAACCGCUGCAACGAACACGAACCGAACGAGGUGUUCUCCGGUGACGUCGUCCAGUUCGGAAUACCGGUCGUCGAGAACGUUAGCAACUCUGAAAAGAAUACGUUUCCACCGGUCAUCGCUCAUCUAAAGCUUUUUCAUCCGGACGACGAGGAGGCGAAGCUUUCGUACAAUCCCACCAUGAUCACGCCGCUGCACCUCAAGGAGUUGUACCAACUUAACAAUUUCGUGCAGGAGGCGAUACAACGCGAGGCGUCCCUGGAGAAUCGUUUGCGCACGUUACGCGAGUGCGUGGAGCGCACGAGAGCAGAAGCGCAGGCCUCGUGGGAGUUGUUUGUGGGCGAACAACGGCUUCUAAUGCGGGUGCACACUCUCGAGUCCAUGCUGUCUGUCGGGAAGCAACCGGACGAGCAACAUCUCACGCAGCUACUCAACGACAAGAGGAACUAUCAGAAAGUGGCGCAGGAAAGUCUUCGAGCGGCGCACGAGCAGCGGCUCGCGCUGGAGGAGUCGCUAGAGCGACGCAGUCGGGAGGCGGCCGCCCUGCACCACCACAACUGUGCGCUGCGACUCGCCGCCAACAACGCGCUCGCCGAGCUGCAGAAGCUGGCAGCGAGAUGCGAGCGUAAGAUGUGCGCGGCGCGGCUCGCCAUCACAGCCGCCGAAGAACGAGAGAAAGCUGUGAGGAGCCAACUACCUCUCGCUUAUUCAGUACAAAACGGCGAGACGAAGAUGUUGGUGCUGAGUACGGACAGCAACAAGCUACAGGAGCCGAAACGCAGCGCCACCCUCGAGGAAGCCGUCCGGGCCCUUCCUGAUUACGUCAAGAUGCUGCUGCCGCAACAACUACUGAAUAAGGUCGGUAUAAAAAUAGUCUCGGCCGACGGCAAGUCCGCUAAAGAAUUCGAAUUGAUACUCAAGAAGAACAAUGCCUAUAACUCUGAAAAUAAAGAUACAGAAAAACUAGAAGCCGAAGAGGACGGCGUCGGUGGCAGCUGCGAAGAGAAAUCCAACGAGCCUGACUCCUGUACUGACGACGAGAAACAAUCCCGAUUGAAUCACGAACCCGGACACGAGGAGAGGUCUAGUCCGCUGGACGGUGAGCUGUGCCCAGACAACAACGCUAAUUCCACAUACACUGAAACUAGUAACCGAGAGGAUUCGCCCAGUAAGGCCGAAGCUGAGUACGCGAACUGCCUCCGCGUGAUGGCCGGCCUCAACGGGGAGAUUCGGACGUUGCGCGAGCGUUUGAGCGCCGCGAACGCGGAGAACGAGCAGCUGCUCGCGAUUCGCGACGAGUUGCUCGCCGCGCAGCCGGAGCGCGCCGACCCGCCCGCCGACGGCGACGACGCGGCGCAGUACCGCGCGCGCCUGGCCGACCUGCAGGCUCAACUCACUCGUUCGACGGUAGCCGAAGAAGCGAACCUUGCCGAAAUUCAACGUUUGGCGUCGAACGCGGCCGAGAUGCAAGCCGAGCUAGCCUUCCGGCCGACGCGUUCCGACGUCGAUGACUUGACCUCCGUUAUUGAAAAGCUGCGCGCCGACCUCAUGGUCAAGGAUCAACAAAUCGAGCGGCUCCUGGCGGGCGCCGACCGGGACCGGGCCGCCGCGGACAAGGCCGUCGAGACGACACGAUCCCUCGAGGACCUCGGCGGGAUCGACGACGACUGCGCCGACCGAAGCGUCGACGCCGGGAAGAUAUCCGCCGAAAUCGACGAGAUGUUCCGGCUCGACUUUGAUGACGACGAAGAUGACGAAACCGACUCGGUCGCCACCGUCGAAACGAACCGGGAGGAGGUCGGGGAGCGCACGCGGCUGUCGGACGAGCAGCGGCUGCAGGUGACGCUGCAGAACGGGAGCCUGCACGCGCUCGAGGAGGAGCUGGUGCGCGCUAAGGAGCGCUGGGCCGAGGAGAGCUGCGAGCGCGCCCGGCUGGCGGCGCAGCUGGCGGCGCUGCGCACCAAGUCUCCGCUGCAGACGCCCGUGCUGGCGCUGGUCGCCCCGCUGCUGGCCGCCGCGCUGUACUGGCUGCUGCUGCCCUACAUCUCCUGAUGGACGGCCACGUGGGACCCGCCCGGGUUCGCCUAGCCCCGCGCCACCUCUACCCGUCCCCCCCUCCGAAUCUUUGCUCAUUCUCUUUGUGCCCGUUUCGACUAUAUCGGUCGCGUCGACA